GCUGAAUCUAACCUUAGUCCACGCGCGAUCGUUGUCGUGUAAGCACGUUUGUUGUUGUUUAUUAUUUAUCAACUGCACUAGUUAACUAAAGCAUACGACUCUAAAACAAAACAAUCGAAAUAAAUAAGUAAACAGUCGUAGAAUAAUAUUCGAUUGAAGUUUCAUUGUUGUCAGAAGAAAUUUCGAGUUAUGAUAAAAUUGGUCCAGAAUCGACGUCAGAGCAAUUAAAAUAAAGAAGAAUUAGAGGUCAAGUGAUAAUCGAUACAAAGGUCUCACGUGUCUGAAGGCCAUACAGCAGCUAAAAUCUCCAGACGCUGCGAAUUCUGUGUCGACCUUGAGCUGAACCAAAAGUUUUGAAACGAAAAUAAAAAGGAGAAAGGAACGAAAACAGAAUUAUGCCAGCAGACGCAGAGCUCAGUACAAUUCUCAGUCGAAGACAGAAAAUCAACGAGGAUCUGGAAGAAGGCAAGGAAGUGAAGAAACAAUACAGAUUUGUCAAUGUAUACACUGAGUUUCAUGAACUUUCCCGUCGAGAGAUCAAACAGUAUGAGCAGACUUUUAACAGAUUUGAUGAUGGUCGAGAUGGGUUUUUAGAUCUUUCGGAGCUUAAAAGGAUGAUGGAAGUCUUGGGAGCUCCUCAAACUCACUUAGGUUUAAAAGCCAUGAUUAAAGAAGUUGAUGAAGACGAUGACGGUCGUAUUUCAUUCCGCGAGUUCCUUUUGAUCUACCGAAAAGCCCGGGCUGGUGAAUUGGAACAAGAUUCUGGGCUGGGACAAUUGGCGAGAUUAACAGAAGUAAAUGUUGAUGAGGUUGGAGUAACUGGAGCCAAAAAUUUCUUCGAAGCAAAGAUUGAACAACUCAGAAAGUCAAGUAAAUUUGAGGAUGAAAUUCGAAUGGAGCAAGAAGAACGAAGGCGAGAAGAAGAAGAGAGAGCAGAAAGACGAGCACAAUUUCGUCAAAAGGCUGCUAUUUUUAAUAAUUAGUACAACUAAAUAUAAUUUACUAACUUUAAUUUAUUGAACGUACGAUCAACGAAAGAUUUUAAACUUGAUAUUUGAAUGAUAACAAGUUUUAAUAAGUAAUGUGCUCGGAGAAUUUUAUUGGAAAUUAGAGACUGAAUGUCGAUUUGAAAAAGUUUGUUUUGAAAAAAAUAGUCUAAAUUGAUGUUAGAUUUAUUCAAAAUUUAUGCAUUGUUAAAUGAAGUUAUUCUAGGCUUCUGAGAUGAAUUUAAUCUUGUAAAACAAAGUUCGCAUAUGCAUUCAGUUCGAUUUUACAUUUUAAGAAUUUCAAGUAUUAAUUUUAAUUUAUUUUUGAAUUUUAUAUAAUAAAAUUAAAAGAACAAUCUAUGCACUAAAUAAUAUUACAGCAAGUCUGAUGUAUAUCGAAGGAUAAUAGCUAAGAUAUAAUUUAAUUAUUUUUAGUGAUUGUUUUAUUUUAAUAUGCAUUUUACUUCAAUAUUUAAUAAGAUAAAAUAUCAUCGAAAUAUAUGAUUUAUUAUUGUGA